UGUCACAUUUCUGGUAUUUGAAUCCGUAAGAUGUUCUUUCUGCUUUCUUUCUUAUUUUGGAAAUGUGAUUUUAUUUGGGGAAUGGUUUGCUCUCAUUUUAGCCGUUUGGCAAUUGAAAUAAAUAACUAAAAGUUUGCCAUAUUAGCUUAAACAACGGCCAUUUAUUAACUGGUCUUUCUAUGCAUGAGUUGGCCCUGCACACUUCAGAAUUGCCAAAGCCCCCCCUCCCCACCUGUGUGGCUUGCUUCCUCUGGCUCCCCGCAGUGAGGGGCUACUCUGAUAGGUUCAGAGGGUUAAUGGAACUGGCCUGCAGGGCAGCAGCUUCCCAACAUAUAAAGCCUCACCUCUCACAACCACAGCAAACAGCCGGUACGCAUGGUUUAAGAAGAACCCGAAGGUAUGCGCUUUUACGCAUGAACAGGGGCCUUUUGGUUUUUACGCACGACAAGCCAUUGAUGCUUAUUUGCUACAGUCGAGUGUUCACGUGCUUUUGAAUAUUCUGCGUGUGACCAUGACUCUCUCCAGCAGUUUUGAAGCGUCACAACAGGCUGCUUUACCUCUACGGGAGGAUGAGAAUGCCACAGUGAGCGAGGAUAAGCCUACCCACGGGUGUUUAUAUCGAAAUGAGUGCUCUACGGACCCAUGCUUCUCGGCAGAAUCUGGUGCUGAAUUGGACUCUUCAGAGCCAGACUCUUCGGGGGAAGGCGAGAACAGUUUCUGCGCAGAUGCACCGCCGUCCAGGAAAGCUCAGAGCAGCUCGGUAAAGCCUCCUUACUCCUACAUUGCCCUCAUCACCAUGGCCAUCCUGCAGAGCCCACUGAAGAAGCUGACUUUGAGUGGCAUUUGUGAUUUUAUCAGCAAUAAGUUUCCCUACUACAGAGACAAGUUCCCCGCUUGGCAGAACUCCAUCAGGCACAACCUUUCCCUGAACGACUGUUUCAUUAAGAUCCCGAGGGAGCCUGGAAACCCUGGCAAGGGUAACUACUGGUCUUUGGACCCUGCAUCGGAGGACAUGUUCGACAACGGCAGUUUCCUUCGGCGAAGGAAGCGAUUCAAGAGAAACCAGCCUGAGUUCGGCAAAGACGGACUUGUGUUUUAUUCCAGCUUAAACUACUACCGGCCGUAUGGGCAACCAUAUUGCGUACAGGGCCAGGUAAGCCCCCCUCUUGCUGCUCCUGUCCGGUACAUGUCCCUGCAGGAGGGUAUUUCUUCCUGUCAUCUAUCACAAACCCUGAACAGUCAUAUGAAGAGCAGUGGGCCUAAAGACUUAAGAGCGCAGCCGUGCACAACAAAACCCGAUGAUCCAAGGCCUGGCCCGCAGGAAAAGUGCUCCUUCAGCAUCGAUAGCAUCAUGAGUAAAUCCUCUCCCAUCGGUCCACAAAACCCAACUCAACAGCAGAGCCCUCACAACGUUCUUGGAUACGGACAUCUCAUGUCUGCCCCCCCUGCCUGUUUGGUUCCGACACUUCUGCAGGCUCCCAGGACUGUGUUUUGCUCUCCUGCCAUGCUGAACACUGCUCCUUUAAUAAACGAGCAUCUCAGACUGUCCUACCCUCGCUGCUGAAGCCUUUGGUGUUUAGAAACUUUAGCAGCGUCUGUAUGUUUGAUGCUAUGUGAAGACACAUUAGUGGAGCUCAUUUCUUAAAGGGAUAUUUUAAUUGCAUGAUAUUUAUGUAAGUCGACAUUCAAAGUAAAAAAAAAAAAAAAGUCGU